GAAUUUCUUAUUUGUUAUUUUAGAUUACAAAGUUAAUAAAAAUAAUUUACUUAAUUAAUUCAAGAUAUCUCCAUGAAAUAAAUUCUCAUAUAUAAAGAAUCAGAUUGCCUACCCUUACCUGUAUUCUUGCUUAUUGAAUAAACGAACUUUUUCAAGAUAUGAGCAAUCAAAACCUAGCAAAUCCAUGUGUAUCUGAAUUAACAGAUUCAUUCAUAUCUAGAGAAAUGUAAUAAACCUAAAAAAUUUUUCAAACCAAUAUUAGAAAUAUAAUUAUUUUUAAAUAAAAUAGAAUGUUCACCAGUUAUGCACUCUUAAUUAUUGCAUUCACCUAAGAAUAAUUAAAAUAGUUAGAAAGUAAUAAGAAGCUAUAUCCUAUGAUCUGUUUGAAUUGAAAUAUUAAAAGAAUUUCUUUCAAAGU